CACAAUAUAGUCACCAAAAGAAGAGUUUAAUGAAUGAAAACCACAUAGUGAAACAUAAACUUUUAUAAUACCACUAUUCUUUUUCAAAUGUCUCUCGGUUUGACAAUAAAUGUGUCAUGUUGAAACAUUAUAUGGUGACAAAUUACUUUUGCAAAGAAAUCUGAUUGCCUGCAGUUUCUUCAUGAAAUCAGAACAUUUACCAAUUAGUUUAACUGUCCUUCAGACCUGAAAGCUUAACCUGUUCUGAAAAUGUGCAAGAUGUACUUUCAUUUGCAGAGAAAUUCUAAUCAAGUCCUCUUUCAUUCAGGAGUUCAUUCACUGUCACGACUCCUUACAGCUGAGCUUUCUCUUCACAGAAUAAAAGAUGAAGUAUCAUCAGACAAGAGGAAAGGUGAAAGGUCAGUGCACUGAUGAUCAGUAGGUCAUUGACUAUACAAUGAUAUGUAGCUGCUGAUUAAGAUGAGCUUAUCAAAUAUGCAAAAGACUUCUGAAAGCUAGAUGGCACUGGAGCACAUAAAAAUUUUAUGAAUCAAUACCACCCUUUAGCUCAUUAAAUAGCUACAUUUUACAAGUGAAGUUAUCCAUUAACCAAAUGGUUCAUAGUUCAUUACUCUAUGAACCAUUCUGAAUAAAACACAUUUAUAAAAAUGUGAAUAAAACCCAAAUUUUCAGAGUGUUUCACUCAGAUGACAUUGUGACAUUGAGGGAAUUAUAGUAUUCAUAUUUUGAAAUAGAUUUUAUUUUUGUCAUUUCGGUUUUCAUCUUAAUUUCAGUUUACGUUUUAGUAGACUACAUUUGUGUUAGUUUUUUCUUUUAUUAUGUGUAGUAAUUCACCUUUUUUUUUUUUUUUAAUCACUUUUUCAGCAUUUCUCAUUUUCGUUUCUGUUUUUAAAUAUUUCGUCUAAUAUCUAUAUUUAAUUUAAUUUAAUUUAAUUUCAGCUUUAAUUUCGAGAUUUUGUUAACAAUGACAACACUAGUUGGCAAUAAGAAAAUAAAAAAUGGACCACACCAACGAACCCUGACGUAAAUAUACAACUCAACAUCGCCCCUGGUGGCGACAAAGUUGUAUCUUCAUAAUAAAGUAUAUUGACAUAAUAGAAGCCAAUCACAAUAGUGUUUCAAGGGAUUUCCUUUGAACGGCAAGAACAUGAGCCAACCAUUGAAAACCGCACGUUGAAACAGCCAAUGGGAAGUGCCAGUAGUUGUGAGUGGGCGGGCUCUUAUCUUAUCAGGAGGACAGGGCCAAGUAGUAGUUGCAAAGCGGAAAGAAAAUGGCGGCCGUGGCUGCGGAGCCAGGAGCUGCUGCGGCAUCAACAACAGCGGGGGACGGGGUGGACUACGAACCCGAGCCAGGAGAGCAUGUGGUCGACCUAGAGGCCCACUCCGUCCCGGAAAUGGAGCUUUGUCACCGACCCGAGGAUGUGGAUGCAGUUCAGGAAUGCAACCAGGUCCAAAUGGAAAUCAGAAGGCCGGACCUUCAAGCCGCGGGAAAAGCCCUCGCUGCCCAUGCGGACGGAGAGCGCACCGAGACGGGGGGGUCCUGGAGCUGCCUGGGCGCAGCCGAGCAGCCCGUGCGCAUGGACUACAGGUGCACGGAUUACGAGGAAUCCUUCUCGCCGAAGGUGGAGGCUGCAAACGAGGUCAGUGCUCUCGAAUCCAGCCCCUGCCUUCUGCUCCCCAGCUCCAUCUCAGACUCCCAGCCCUCUGUGGUCUUCUUGCAUUCCCUUCCCGUUCAGGUUCCGUCGGAGCCCAAAACCGGACUGUCUCUGGCUGUCGAAUACGACUCCAAUCCCGCGUCAAGCCAUCCUACCGAUCUGGAGUGUGAACUCAUAGGCUUCACGCAGCCGGAUCCCGAACCCGCAACCGAUGCUCCCGGGUCGGAACUCAAAACUCACGAGGAUGCUUUCCAUGACAUCCCGCACCCCUCAGACCACCUGGACUCCCUGUCCGCUGCGGAGGAGACCUCGCUGGGAGAAUCGGUGGGUCAGAGCUGCAUCAGUGACUUUUCUACUGUUUCCAGUAAGGACUCUCCCGAACUUCCAGCGGUGGUGGAUCAGUCGCUCAUCUCAGCAGCAGCGGCGGAGGAAGUGCACUCGCAUCCUCUUCAUCAGCAGAGCUUCAAAACGGACCUCAGCGAUCCCGACAGGGAGUCGGCGGAGACGAAAGACCCGGUUCUGUGUCCGGCGGAGCCCGGCGCCGUUGAGCGCCUGAUGCUCGGCUCCGAGGUUCGAGUCACGCUGGAUCACAUCAUCGACGAUGCGCUCGUGGUGUCGUUUCGCUUGGGCGAGAAGCUCUUCUCCGGGGUACUCAUGGACCUUUCGAAAAGGUUUGGACCUUAUGGGAUUCCUAUAACCGUGUUCCCCAAGAGAGAGUAUAAGGACAAACCAGAAUCUAUGCAGCUAAAGGCGGAAGCAUUCCAGUCAGAGACAGAUAAGGGUGUCACUCAAGGACCUGGUGAUGCCCCCAUUAAGGACCCUGCGGAUGCUCUGGAUGCCCCUCUGAAGGAACCUGCUGAGAUUCCUGCAGCGCCCCAGCCCUGUCCCAACCCUCAACCUAACCCAUGGACCUCAAAACCACCUCCUUUGUUUCAGGAGGGGGCCCCUUAUCCACCUCCACUGUUCAUCAGGGACACCUACAACCAGUCGUUACCUCAGCCUCUACCACGCAAAAUCAAGCGGCCCAAGCGUAGGCUGUAUAGAGAGGAGCCCACUUCUAUAAUGAAUGCCAUCAAGCUCCGACCAAGACAAGUUCUGUGUGAUAAAUGUAAAGGGGCUGUGGUGCAAGGGGACAAGCGUGAGACACGCAGAGGCCCCAUUUCAGACUGCCGAAGUGACGAUGCCAAAAGACGGCGUAAUGACAGCGCAGCAGCAGCUGCUGGUAAGCGGCCCCGUAGUGAUCCACGUUCUGACGAGAAGGGCCGUGGUACUGAUGGGCCCAAACGGCAGGGUUCAGCUGUACGGGUGUCGUCGGCCACCACCUCUUCGCUGGGCCAUAGUCAGGUCAAAGGUGCAGCUGCAGGGAACAAAAUGGUGAAGGGGGUGUCUACUACAACCACGUCCUCGGCCAACUCUCGAGUGCAGCUCAAUGCCAAAAAAGUGCUUCAGAGCAAAAACGUCGACCACUCCAAAGCACGAGAGGUGCUGAAGAUGGCCAAGGCUCAGAGAAGACAGAGAGAGACAGUCACAGGCAGUAGCGGGAACACCAAGGCCAUAACCAGGGCUGCUGCCCUCCAGGAAGCCCACCAAAAGGUCCACUUCACCAGGCGACUGCAGCAGAUCAGUGGAGGAGGUCCAGGUUCCAACCCCCUGCCACCCAGGAUGCGCAUCAAGCCCCAAAGGUACCGUAACGAAGAGAACGAUUCUUCCUCAUGUAAGCCGCCUUGCUUGGAGAAAGUGCCGGGAGGGGGCCGUUUACCGCUGCCUAAACCAGCCAUGCCCCGCUGCACCUCCACACGCUCCUCCUCCUCCUCCUCCUCCUGCUCUGCAAGCCAAGUCGCCACAGCUGUAGAGCCCCAGAGGCCAGACAAAGCAAUCGAGUCCCUGCUCAGCCAGGCCCAACCCGAGCCCCUCCCAGCCCCGGAAUACAGGGAACCCCAAGCUGAGCCAGAGGAACAGGAGGGGCGGGAGGAAAAGCGGGAGACGCGUGGGAGCAAGGCUGGUAACCUAGUGGUCUACAUGACCCUUAACCCCAGCCAUCCUGACUCCUCUAGUACCUCUAUGUGCAGUGUCGAUAGUGCAGAUGACUUAAAGUCAUCAAACUCUGAGUGUAGCUCUACCGAAACGUUUGACUUCCCCCCUCCUGGUGAUUUGCGAUCGGCCCCUGCCCCUGGCACAUCCUCCGCUUUUGCCUCUGCAUCUCCCCCUGCUCCUAAGGACGAAAAAAAGCGCAGUAAAUCCCUCAAAGCUGCCGUCUUUUCCAAAAAUGUCACAAAGUGCGUUGCCCUGGAUGGCAGGACAAUUUGUGUAGGGGACAUUGUUUGGGCCAAAAUCCUUGGCUUCCCUUGGUGGCCCGCCCGCAUCCUAGCCAUCACAGUGAGUCGCAAAGAUAAUGGGCUCUUAGUCAGGCAGGAGGCCCGGGUCUCUUGGUUUGGGUCACCCACCACUUCCUUCCUGGCCAUUACUCAACUUGCCCCAUUUCUAGAAAACUUCCAGUCUCGCUUUGACAAGAAGAGAAAGGGCCUGUAUCGUAAAGCCAUCACUGAGGCCGCCAAGGCUGCCAAGCAGCUCACACCCGAGGUCCGAGCCUUGCUAACUCAGUUUGAGACGUGAGGUGGUGUGCCUUGGUAAGUGCUGCAACUCUGAAGGGCUGCUGAUUGGUCCGUUGCCCAAAGCACUGCCAUUGGUCAAGAUCCAGUCAGAUGAGAGGAGCCAUCCACAUUUGGAGAAGCAGGUGUAAUGGAGAAAUUAUUUUUAUUUAAGAAAAGAAUUCUAUAUUUAUAACAAUGAAUUACAGACUCUCCACCUAUUUCCUGAUCCGUCAUGCUGAAAUGAAUUUUUCAAAACAAGAUUUUUCUUUACAGCAUGUGAAAGGACACUUGCAAAUACUGAACAGCACAGGGGAGUUACGGCCAUUGUGGAUUGUAGGUGGUGAACCAGCAUACGUUAAAGCAGGGUUUUAAGUGUUUGUUUGUAAUGAAAGAGAUAACUUAUAAAAUGUAAAAAACAUAUGAUAUAAAAAUGCAAUAAAUAUUGCAUGUGCUAUGCUUCACAGUACAAUGACAGAAGAUUGGGUCUUAUUGUGCUUCUAGUCUUAGAUAAAAUCCCAGUGUUCUUUCCCAACAUCUGUGCUCCUUUAUAUUGAGAAAUUCUGAGCCUUAAUACAGUCUAGACUGUUCUUGAAGAGAGCUUGAAGUUUUCCACUCUGUGGCACACCACACAUUCAAUGAUCAGUGCAAUCUGUACAGCGUUACAAAAUCACUCUGACCCACUAGUUGACUUUUUUGAUUUUCUUAUUAUACAAGUCGAACAUGCCAUCUCUCAGUCUUUGCUUCAAGGUUUUCCUGUUAGCAUCAUUCAUUGCACACGCUCAACCUGAGGCCUGCAAAAAGGGAAUUUAGAGCGAGAGUGAAACAGCUGCUUGACACGCUCACGCUUUCAGUCUCGCUGUUGUACAUACGUGCGUUUACAAUCGGAGCGUUCUCCCGACUAUACAUAUGAAGAUGGUGGUCGUGGGCGUAAAUUUGUUUUAUUAUUGUAUUAAAUGAAUAUCUCUAUGAAAUUAAACCUGUUUUUUGCCUUGUACCAAGCUG